AAAAGAAGCGCUUUUUUUCUUUUUCUUUUCUCUUUGUCUUAUAUUACAUCAUCAUGUCUGCUAGAGAAAAUGAACAAAGAGCAAAGGAAGCCGUUGACAAGACUGCACACAACGCUAAAGAAGAAUUAGAAAGACUUCGUGUUGAAUAUGAAGAUCUCAAGAGACGAACGCAACCCAAGGUUCAAGAAGCUCAAAGCUACUUGACUUCUCCCUCAGCCAUUGGUUUCUAUCAAGGUGUUAUUGUUGGUGCUUUUUUGGUCUUGGGUUACGCUAAAUACAAGGGAGGACUACUACUUGCUUAAUUUUAUUUGUAAAUAAACACACGUCGUGUACGCUGAUAUUAAAAUACAGACCCAUGAUACAUUCUUUAG